AUGUUUAGGGAUAGGACAAAUCUGUUUUUGUCUUAUCGUAGGACAUUCCCACACAAUACCUCGAAAUAUUCCACUUCCAAUAGAGGUAGCAAGAUAGAUAGAUAUGAAGAUUUCGACGAUGAAAUGUUUCCAAUGAUGGAUGACGAUACCGAUGAGGGUCAAGAUCGGGUAGACUUAUUACCUCCUCCAUUUCUAGAUCUGGCCGAGGAUAUAGAUGAAUACUUACAUGAAACUGACAAGUUAAUGAAACAAUUAUCAAAAUUGUACAAGAAGAAUUCGUUGCCUGGAUUUGAAGAUAAAUCCCAUGAUGAAAAAGAAAUCGAGGAGAUAAGUUUCAAUGUCACUCAAUUAUUCCAAAAAUGUUAUGCUGUCAUGAAAAAAUUAAAUUAUAUUUCAACAGAACAAGUAUAUGCAAAUAAAAGACUAAAAUACGAUGAACUAAUAAUCCUGGGCAAUUUGGAGAAAAGAUAUGCUCAAUUAAUCCAGUUUAAAAGUAAUCAAUUUAGGGUUCUCCAAAAUAAUUAUUUGAAAUUUUUAAAUAAAGAUGAUAUGAAGCCAAUUUUACCGAAGUUGGAUAACUCAAAUAAUACUAUGAGCGAUACUUUAAUGCUUGAAGAAGAUGAAGCCAUGGGUAAUAGUAAAGAAAUCGAAGCAUAUUCUAGGCAAACGUUACAAAACCAAAACAAAAAUGAUAUGAACCAAAGAUAUCUACAAGAAAGAGAUGAAGAAAUAACACAACUAGCAAAAGGUGUUUUGGAAGUAAGUACCAUCUUUAGAGAAAUGCAGAAUCUUAUCAUUGACCAAGGUACGAUAGUAGAUAGAAUCGAUUAUAACUUGGAAAAUACAGUUAUCCACUUGAAGGAAGCAGAUAAAGAACUUACUCAUGCGACUCAUUAUCAAAAGAGAACUCAAAAAUGUAAAAUUAUUUUAUUAUUAUCACUAUGUGUCAUGGCGUUAUUUUUCUUUGUGAUGCUAAAGCCACAUGGCGGUACUACAAAAUAUGAAACUGUCACUGUAACUGCAGCUCCGGCAGUCUCUUCCACAACUUCCCAACCAACUGCAACCACCGUGCCUGUCCAAGAUGAGGGCCUGGAUAAUAAUGAUAAUGAAAAGCAAGAUGAUGAGAAAGGUACUGAUAUAGUAAAUGAAGACGGCAGCCCACUUGAGGUCAGCCCAGCAGAUUCUGUUCCAAAUGAUGUUGACAUCAUAGAGCCUCCAAAUGAGCCGGAACUAAAUAGGCAUUUACUUUAA